GCCGACUCCAUGACAAUAAUAAUAAAAAAAAAAGAGUAUAAGAAUAGCGCAGGGCAACCCCUUUUAGAGCGGCUCCACCGACAACCGCGCGCCUCCGACUCUCCCAGUAGUCGGAGUAGUCAGUACCUACUACCUAGUCUCUCCCAUCAUGAACUAACCGUCUACAACUCACGGCUGCAUCUUUCGCCAGCACCCACAAAUAACUGUCCAUCCCUAUCCUAUCGUUAUCUUCCCACUCCAGACUACCGGGCACUUACGGACAACGUAUUCCUGGUCGGCCCACGCUCGUUUGGCACUCUGCAGCCACCCAACUGCCCAUCCCAUACCCAGCCUUUCAUUUGAUUGUGUGAUCUAUCAUUUCCGUUCCCUCUUCAUCCUCUCUCUACAUCACUUUCCCGUCCGUUCAUUCUCUUUUAAUUCUACCUCCCUCGGACCAAACUUUCUCUCUGCAUUUCGCUCUUCCAUUCUUUCUGCGCCUGAAAUCUCCUCUUCGUUGUCGCAUCCUUUCACUAGCCAUUCGACUAUAUCGACAACGCAUCGCCCCCCCCCUCCCGUGCGUUUGCGACUUCGCGUCCCCCAGCAUGCUUACUUUCCAGCGGUACUCUCUCUUUCCCAUGUCUGAUACCGCUGCUCGACCUCCGUCUCGAAAAACGCGUUAUUGAUCACACCAUUGUCCUCCCUCUCCUGUGAGCUUAUCUGUUCUCCUGGAAGGUGGCCGUUCGCAUGUCCGAGAUGGCCACCAGUCGCGUCAGCCCCGUUCGGCCGCCCGUUCGCCUGACCCCCACGGACGCUCCAGCGCAUCCCAAUCCACGCACGCCCUCUCCAAACCGACGCGCCAUUCCGAAUUAUCAAACGACCGAUCCUCUACUUCGAAAUUUGUCUCCCGAAUCCACCCUGAAAGCCCUCUCCUUCACCGACGCCGUCCACACGAACGAACAGGCCGCCCACGACAUCCUCUCCAAAAGUAUCUCUCAGGUAUCUCAAGCGGAACGAGCUCUUGGAAUUCGCGCUGCGAUCGCGGCGCAGAAUCUGAGUCUCUGGUACAAAGAGAUCCAGACGUGGGAUUGGCCGAAACGCACCGACGUCCAUUUGGGAAAGGGGUUCGUUCCCCCCUCACCCCCCGCGUCGACGACUCCACCCGAGCCGGAGUAUUAUGGCAGCCUGCCCGCCUCUGUCGUAGUACAGCAUGAGAAACGGAUCGAGGAGAUUCGGGAUGGAAUGGAUGGGUUGGACGUCGAUGAACUCAAAGAGCAUGUGUUAAAUGCCCACAUUCCAUCGCGGUCUCGGCCUUCGUCAUCCAAUAGCACGAUGUCCGUGCCCCCGCCCCUCAGCUACAACCAACUAAGCGAUUUCACCGCGGUGAUCACCGCCACAAUUCUCCGUGCCCUCCCUCUGCUCUCCCGCCUCAACAAUCUCCUGUCCACCUGGGACGUUCGAUUGUUAGUCCUUCGCCAGGUCUCCGGCUUGCUUCGGAGCUUGUCCCUUGCCCGCUCGGAAUUGGAUGCCGCUCUGGCGUUGCUCAAAUCACCAGACAUCCCGUCUGAAACCGAUGCUCUGUAUUCCAGGACCAACUACCAUGCCAAGCGCGCCCAAUUGGAGGCCACCGUUCUCUCGGCCGGCCGUAGAAUGGAUCGUAUGCUCGAUGCGCUGGAGGGCCGCGAGGAUUCCCUCCCUGAAGACUGGAUCGACGAUCUGGAAGCCAUCGAGUCGGGUUUCGGCUCUUGGGUCAUGGAAGCUGAGCAACGCACCGUCGCAAACGAAUGGCAACGCAUGAUGAACGCUAAGAAGGAAGAGGCGCAAGCUACAUCUCACGGUUCUACUCCGGAGUCCGUCGUCAGCCAACCCGAGCCUAUCUGUACAGCUGCACGUUCCCUGCCGAUGGAGACCAUUCAGGAGGAGCCCGGCAGUCCCCUUGAUUCCGUAUCUUCCGCCAACAAAGACGACCGGUUUCCUUCCAUGUCUCAAAUUGACGAAGUCCUCCCAGCUACUUCUGAUGCUCACGAAACCGUACCAAUGGUCCGUGAAGAUUCUCCUCUCGACUCAGAGCCUGUCGGCAAUCCAGCAGAGGAAGAUCAAGUGGUCAGCUCUACAACUACACCGGAAGAGCCUACCGAUAAGAUACUUGGCAAUGACCCGCCAACACCCACCGUACAGAAGCAGACCGAGGAAGCUGCUGUUGAUGGGGGACUACUGGAAGAAAGCUCACGUGCCCCUGAAAUGACAGAACUACCUCCUUUGAAAGAAGAGGUUUCGCCAGCUCCCCAGGACGUGCGCGUGGAAGAAAACGUAUCUCAGAAUAUUGUCGACCAGAGAGAGUCUUCUGUUCCGGAGAGUAGUACUGUUCAGACAGAACAAUCGCAGGCUCCAUGUGAUGAUUCAAGCCCAUCGUCACUUCCCGGACCCCAUCAACCAUCGGAAACCUCGGCGAUGCAGGAGAAGGAUGAAGUGAUCGCCAUUCCGGACCCUUCCUCGGUGGCUGAUGAUCUGCCUACUCCAAACCAAGGGCCAGAACUGGUCCCAGCUGGUACCUCGGAAAACCCCAACAACUCCGCAAACCCUAGCGAUCAUCUCGAUCGACCAUCUACCUCUCCAGUCGAACGCGAAGAAAUCGCUUCCCCCAGCGCCCCAACUCCGCGUUCUGCCUCCCGGACUCCCGAAUCGGUGGUUAUCAGGCGUGCUCCCCCGGCCUUGUCUCAAUCUGCCAGCCCUCUGUCGAUGUCUCACAAGCCCACCGCAUUGCCUGACAACGACCAACAUAUCGCGACCCGUGAAUCCGAAGACCGCUCACCUAAACAACCUUUGGAGAGCCCGAUCAAACUCUCCAAGACUCGACCCGGACGCUUAGAGCUUGACAAAGACAUAGCGCAACCUUCUGGUCGACGAGAGUCUAAUGUUUCUGCCGGGUCCUUCUCCGAGACAGAUUACCCGUCUCUCAUUUCUAGUCCCGAGAUUCGUGAACCAAGAACUGGCUCGUCUAACGGAACACCUCGCUACCUCGAGACCCCUCCUCAGUUUCAGCCUCAGUACCGCGCACCCGGCCCCAUGCCUUCCAACAAUGAACACACUCUGCGGGAAGACCGUCUCUUUCGCUUGGCCAGCGCGAAGGCAUCUCCACGCUUGGCCGUUAAUCACAACCGCAAUCUAAGUCUCCCCUUGCAGCGGUUUAUCAACGAGAGACUAGAAUUGGACUUUGAGAACGAGCCUACAGUCGAGGUCGAUGAUACGGCUCCUACUCCAAGAACUGCGAGCCCACCUGUCGAUGCCACCCCCAGAAAUGAUCGGCGAGCAGCGCCAGGACGUUCGCGCAGUGAUAGAUGGUCCGCACCCGGAAAAAACGCACGCCAGGCUUCUGGCCAGCAGCCUGCAAAUCCUCGCGAAGGAAGCUCUACGCCAGAACCGACUGCACCUAUCGGAAGGGUUCUCAAGACCCGAGAACAGAACAAGAAGUCUUUCGUAAAAAGCUCGAACCAAAAGGUUCUGGGAACAGAGCCUGCCGCACACCAGACGACGACUCGGUUGCGGAAGCAGUUGACUGCGCAUCCCAGUCUUGAAAGCAUCGGAGCUUACAAGUCGAAACCCCUUGAAAAGGCCUCCGCGAGCUCCAAACCAGGAUCUCGAUCUUCUACUCCAACCAGCCAAUCAAGGAAACCUAAGGAUCACUUGGAUGAGAAAAUCAGCUCCAUUCUCACUAACCUUCCAACGCGAAUUCAUCUCAUGUCAGCCGAGGAGCGUGAGUCCGAUGAUGCUGAUGUGAUGUCGUCUUUGCCUAUGAAAGCCAGAGAGCGUUUUCGUUCCGUGUCCCCGCAAGGCACGGCCUCGCGCAGUGGCACGCCCACACCGUCUCUAACCCUAACGCCCGCGCCUUCUCGCAGAAGAUACUCUCAUGCACAUGCUCCGGAGGAAAGCUCUGUGAAGCUAUACCAUUUGCAUCGAGGCGGGAAAUCUGCCCCGACCAAACUCUUUGUUCGCUCUGUCGGAGAACACGGAGAGCGGGUGAUGGUACGAGUCGGGGGUGGUUGGGCUGAUCUGGCUGAGUACCUGAGAGAAUAUGCUGUGCACCAUGGACGCCGACACGUUUCCGAAACGCCACUCGUUGAGGUCCAGGGCCUCUCGUCUCGUGAAUCCACGCCAAGUUACUCGCCGCCCGGAAGCCGAUUAACACCGGCUGCCAAUGGCCGAACCACCCCGUCUCGACCGCGGUCUGUCAUGAGCAAUAGACCGUCCUCGUCUUUGGCGGUCCGCAAAACACGACGGGCUUCGAAUGUCUCAGAUAUGACCGACUUCAGGGGAGGCGCUGGUGACGCUCUGAACGUCUCGGUCUCCCCCAAGUCCAUGGUCUCCUCUCGCAGACGACUGUCGGCAUCCUCAAACGCCUCUUUUGGCGCGACGUCCUCUGUGAGUGAGAUACGUCACGGGUCAUCUCCUUCCACCACCAUUGGUGGUAGCUCUCACUCUAUCCCGCUUGGUCUCGCGGGGCCUAAACCUCGAUCUAGACACGUCUCCAUGACGCCGGAGAGUGAGGCAUGGGUGGAGGAUGUUCUCGGACAGGCCCGGCGAAGCUCGUCCUUGCGGCCCUUCACAUAUGGUCUACCGCCCCAAGAACAAGAACAACCGGUCCCCAAACCCUUAUCUUUACCCAAAUCCAGAAGCAUCAGUGACCUUGGAACAGCCGGUUCUAGUAAGCGGAUUGCUCUCCGUGGUCUCGGAAAUCGGUGAUAGACGAACUGUCUAUCAUUCCGUUACUCCUUAUCUGCCGUUCCAUAUUUUCUUCAAUUUUCUUUCUUCUGUGUUCAAUUUGCCAUCUUUUUUUGUUAUUUGCAUUGGCGUUCUGCCGUUCAUCUCGGGGUUCUUGGUUUGGUCCAUUCGAGUCAGAUAUCAAAAGCGUUGGCACAUUUCCAUCUUGCAUACGGGUCUGGUCAUCUUUUGCACUUACAGGGAGUUACUCUUUUGUCUCAUCAUUCCGGCUACUCUACACCGGCUUUUCAUCCUCUUCCUGCUCUCUCCCAGCGCACAUUAGCGAGCAUUUUUAUUCCCUCGGAUUCCUUUCAUAUUUUACAUUCUUCGUUUGCAUAUAUUCAUUCUCCUGUGGGCAUUUUGUGCUUAAUCUUUCUCCUCCCUCCCAUUUGCAUGCAGAUACUAGUUAGAUACCCUUCAUCUAAGGUUUUUUUUUUUUUUUUCUUUUA